CAUGAAUUAGUUACACAUCUUGGAAUGCUUAGGAUAUGGAAAGAUGUUGAAUACAAUCAUCCUAAAGAUAUACAGGUUGCCAAAUUUUUACUGUUAUCAAAGUGGAAAGAGAUGAAAGCUAAAUCCAAUUUCAAAACUUUGUCAGAAGCUCUGAUCAACAUGGGUAUAUCGACCCAUGUUUUGUGUCAAGUAAGAAGAAUCAUCAAAGCAGAAACAGAUAUUCCAGCAGAUUACUUGGAUUUCAUUCCAACAGAUGAAAUUCUAGAUACAUUAGCUCCAUUAAUUGGUCAAGUGUUUUUCCAACUUGGCACUGAAAUUGAACUGUCAAUUCCUACCCUAGAAAAUAUACAGAGCAACAAUCCUUCUGACUUAGCAGAACAGAAUAGGGUCGUAUUAUUGAAGUGGAGAGAAGACCAACAAAUCAAACCUACAAUACGUGUCCUUAUGCAGGCUUUAGUUAACAUAGGGAGAGGUGCACGUUGUUUAGAAGAAGUUUUAAAGAAUAUUGAUCUGAACACCCUUAUAGUUUCACAACAAUCGAGAAGUGAAGGUGCAAUUCUAAAGAAACCAAAAAUAAAAUCAGACCAGGAAUCACAGAGUCAGCGAAAGUCACAGAUUGAUCUGAACCCAUUGACAGGUCCGCAACAAUCGAAAAGUAAAGGUGCAAUUCCAAAGAAACCAAAAAUAGAACCAGAACAGAAAUCACAGAGUCAGGGAAAGUCUGAGAAUGUUGAUCGAGACACACUAAUAGGUUCACAACAAUCAGAAGACAAAGGUGCAAUUCCAAAGAUACCCAAAAUAAAAUCAGAACAAAAACCACAAAGUCGUCGAAAGGUUUUCAAGAAAUGUUCAAUAACAUGAAUAAGGCACAUAUAGAGAAUCAUAAAAAACAAAUGUGCAUUUGAAUAGGGAAAAUAUAUUAUAGGCAAAAUAAGUGUAAAAUAUUGUGCAUUAUUAAGCUUCAUUGUUUAAAUGAUAACUUAUGCUGUUA